AUGGCGACAGCCGCCGUGUGCACCCCUCGCGAGCACCCGCACACCCGCCUGCUCGAGCCUGGAUGGCACCUGCCGACGCUCAAUCCGCACCCGACGCCCUGCCCGAGCCGCUGCAGCCCUCGACCACCUUGUCGCGGCGGCCUCUCGACAAACAAGCGGCGCAAGCUCGGCGCAGCGGCACACUUCCGCCUGUUUGAGCAGCUUCCCGUCGAGCUCGUCGAGCGCAUUGUCGGGCACCUCGACGUCGAGGAACUGUGGCGCCUGCGCCGCGUCAAUCACGCCUUCUACGCUCUGCUGCAAGAUCCUCGGCUCUACGGCGAUGUCUCGAUCCCUCACCUGCAACACCUCGACCCGCACCUCGUCGCCUUCCUCCCCUCGGUCCUGAGCGGUACCAGGCACUUCUCCUUGCGCUCCUGCCCCUCGUCCACCCUCUCGACGCUCCUCCCGGCGUGUUCCUCCCACCUCACGACGCUCGACCUGUCGUUCUCGGGCGUGCGCGACCUCGACCUCGUCGCCCUCGCCGGCCUUCCUGUUCUCGACGGGCCAGGGUCGACGGCGUCGCGGCGGCAAGGAGGAGCGCUGCAGAACUUGCGCGCCCUGCGCGUCAAAGGUUGUCGUCGGUUGUCGGCGUUCCUCGGGCAGCUGUGCCCGACCGACGGUGGUGCCGAGACGGCCUUCCCCUCCCUCGAGACGAUCGACCUCUCGUGGUCCUCCCUCUCGCUCCUUCCCCUCCCCCUCUCGACGCACUUCCCUCGACUCGUCGAGUUCAACCUCAGCACGACCCCCUACCUCGCCCUGCCGCACCUCGCCGACGCGCUCGCCGACGUCCCGCCGCAACUCGCGCUCCUCGACCUCAGCCACCUCGGCCUGUGCGCCCGGGACCUGCGCGGGCUCGGCUCGGCGGCGGGCGACGCACACCUCGCCGCCGGCGACGCCGUGCUCGUUGGCGCAUCGACCCGCAGCCCGGCGCGCUCGUCGCCGGCGAUGGCAGGCGACGCUCGGCCCCCUCCUUCCCUUUCCUCCCCAGCGCGCCCGGCCCUCCACCUCGUCCUCUCGGGCAACGACGCCCUGACGCACCAGUCCCUCGCGGCGCUGCGGCACCACUGGGCGGCGCCGCACUCGCAGUGGGCCGGGCGCCGACCUGUUGAGGUCGAGCACAGCCCGGUCCUGCUCGAGAGCGACGACGAGGACGACGUGCGCCGGUUCGUCGAGAUGGUGGCCGGCGUCGUCAUGCGCGGUGAGGGCGAGGAAGAAGGGAGGAGGAGCAGAGGAGAACGAGGGCCCGAGGAUGAGGAGGCCCGAGCACGGAGCGCGCUGUCUAGCCGAUAGUCCUUUACCUCUCGUUCUUGCGAUGCAUCUACUCCCCUCUC